AUGCCUGCCGGCAGUAACCCAAUGAUGACACUAACUGACGUCUCUGCUAUGUACGGGAAUGGUCAUAAUGGUAACACACUGAGCGAGACUCUGCAGUACAUAUUCGAUGAUUCAAAAACGAACACAAGUCAGAAUGUGAUGGACAUGAUACGGUAUACAAUGGCCACGAAUUUGGACACAGCUACAGCGUGGAAAGUGCUAAUAGCUUUGGGCGGUGAGAUAGAUGCGGCUCAGCGCCGAGAUUAUUUCGAGAACGUUGUACCGCGAAUUGCUGGAUUACAUAGGAAAAUGAAUACGAUCGUCAGCAAGCUGGCGGAAAUGUACGGUUUUACAGGCGAUGCUGCUCAGAAUUACUCGAAACUGAUACGUGCAAUGCAAUUGAAGUCCAUUAUCUCUUCGGCACUUAUGGCAGCUGGAAAUGUGAGUACGAAAUCUUUAAGAUUAGAAAUGACUAUACCAAGAUGUCAGAACUAUGGUCACGGUAAGUACGACGUCACCUGCCUCCAAUCAUCGUCAUGA